UUUUUUAGUAUUGUAAUGCUUGAAAUAUCUUCCAUAGUAACUGAAUACAAAGGACAUGCUCUCUCAGUACUUAAAGAAUGUGAACUCCAGGCAUUUGAUGGGGUAGUUUGUGUUGGUGGAGAUGGAUCCAUCAGUGAAGUGGCCCAUGCUCUACUACUAAAAGCUCAGAUGGAUGCUGGGAAAGAGACAGAUUACAUCCUUACACCUGUCAGAGCACCAGUUCCUCUUGGUAUAAUACCAGCAGGUUCCACUAAUGUUUUGGCAUAUACUCUUCAUGGAGUCAAGCACACAGUAACUGCAGCACUGCAUGUUAUAAUGGGACAUAUUCAACCAGUGGACAUCUGCACAUUCAGUAGCCCAAGCAAGCUUCUUCGUUUUGGGUUUUCAGCCAUGUUUGGCUUUGGUGCAAGGACUCUAGCAGUGGCUGAAAAACAUCGCUGGAUGCCCCCCAACCAGCGGAAAGAUUUUGCUGUAAUCAGAACCCUAGCAAGUCUUAAGCCAGAGGAGUGUGAGUUAUCAUUUCUGCCUCUGAACAAUCCACAGCAGUGCUUUCAGGAGAAUGAUAGAAUGAAGAAAGACAGAAUUAAAAAAUCUGACAGCAAGGAUCAGUGGCACAAAAUCGAGGGUCAUUUCUUGAAUGUGAGCAUUAUGGCAAUCCCCUGUCUAUGUGCAAUGGCACCAAGAGGCUUGGCACCUAAUACCAGGUUGAAUAAUGGAAGCCUGGCUCUUAUUGUUGUACGAAACACUUCUCGGGCAGACUUUAUAAAACAUCUAAAAAGAUAUGCCAGUGUAAAAAAUCAGUUUAAUUUCCCCUUUGUUGAGACCUACACUGCUCAGGAAGUGAAAAUCCAGCCAAUACUUAAGAGUGGAUAUGAAACUGAAGACCACAUGCCUGAGGAAGGAAAUUACCCUUGGAAUAUAGACGGAGAUUUAAUGGAAGGAGCAUUAGAAGUUCAUGUUCGGGUUCAUCCUCAGCUUAUUAACCUUUAUGGAGUGAGUGUCGAUGACCUAGAUGAUUCCAAAGCAACAUGCGGUUGUCUAUAGAAGAAAAGUAGUAUUCUUAUGCUGCAGUUUCUGCAUAAAGGAAUCAUGUUCUAAUAUACAGAAUAAUUUUGGGGACAUAGACCUUCACUUACUGAAUUCUUGGGUGCAGGAUCAGUGUCUUAAUUAGAACAUUGUUAAUAAUUAAUAUUUUAUAUGAGUCUUGCUUAUGUGGAGGUGUUUAAUAAAUUGUAUAUUAUUAAUGUAAAAUAACAUGUUUAUUUUAAAUUUUACAAACUGCAAAUUAAUAGUCAGUAUAUUUUUGUAUACUUUAUAUGUGUUUUUUAAUGUGAUUACCAGAAUUCUUGUAAAAAUUAAAGCUGUUAAACAAAAAAUAUUGUAGUGAUUAAAUAGGGGAGUUAAUCAUUGCAGGUUUCCAGUUUACUUUGCAGCCUGAUCACACCACAUUUGUUUGAGUUCAGAAGCAGUUCAUAUUAGAAAUAAUCUUGUUCAAAUCAGUAGAACUAGUGAUUGAGUAAAAUGCUACUUGCUCUCUAGCAGGGUGGUAUAUUCUGGAUUUUUAUGAUGCAUUAUAAUUUCCAGAUAAUCUACAAUCUUUAAAUGAGAUAAUGUAAAAAUGUUGUUGCUGUUAUCAUAUUUUUCAUUGGGAAGCAAUAAAAAGGCAUAUGCUGAUGCCAUAAACUAAUUAACUGUAUACAAAUAGUAU